UCUCUCUCUCUCUCUCUCUCUGUUCAAGCCCACCCCAAGGGAAUUGAGAGAGCGAGUGAAUGGCCGGUUCAAUGGCAGAGCAAGAGAAUUGUGUUCGCGUUACUCGUGCUGCCAAAAAAAGAGCAGCGGCAAUGUCUACGGUGGAGGAGCAGCCUGUGCUCAAGAAGAGAGUGGUGUUGGGGGAGCUGCCUAACUUAUCAAACGUUGUCGUUCCAGUGAAUAAGAGCGCUGGGGAUUUGGCCCGGAAGCAGAAAAUUAAGCCAAAGCCAAAGGCUAAGAAGGCUAUCGUAGUCAAGAAGGAUGAAGCUUCAGAGGUUGUUGAUGGAAUGUCUGAUGACCCCCAGAUGUGUGGACCAUAUGCAUCUGACAUUUAUGAGUAUCUUCACAAAAUGGAGAUGGAUCCAAAGAGAAGACCGUUGCCUGAUUACAUUGAAAAAGUUCAAAAGGAUGUUAGCCCCAACAUGAGAGGGAUUCUGGUGGAUUGGUUGGUGGAGGUUGCAGAGGAGUACAAGCUUGUCUCUGAUAGUCUGUAUCUCACUAUUACGUACAUAGACAGAUUUCUGUCUUUGAACGUUCUUAACAGGCAGAAACUUCAACUACUGGGCGUUUCCUCAAUGCUCAUUGCAUCAAAAUAUGAAGAAAUCAGCCCUCCAAAUGUGGAAGACUUUUGUUAUAUAACUGAUAAUACAUAUACCAAAGAAGAGGUGGUGAAGAUGGAGGCUGACAUACUGAAGUCACUGAAGUUUGAAUUGGGCAGUCCUACAGUAAAGACGUUCCUAAGGAGAUUUACCAGGGUUGCACAAGAGGAUUACAAGAGCUUGAAUUUGCAGUUUGAGUUCCUGGGGUACUACCUUGCUGAGUUAAGCUUAUUGGACUAUAAUUGUGUGAAAUUUUUGCCUUCAUUGGUGGCUGCUUCUGUUAUCUUUCUUGUGAGAUUCAUAACUAAACAAAAGAUGCAUCCCUGGAGUUUAACCCUGCAACAUUACUCUGGAUACAAGCCUUCUGACUUGAAGGAAUGCGUUCUUAUCAUACAUGACUUGUAUUUGAGUAGAAGAGGAGGUGGAUUACAAGCUGUGCGAGAAAAAUACAAACAGCACAAGUUCAAAUGUGUUGCGAGUAUGCCUUCGCCUCCAGAGGUUCCAGCUUCUUUUUUUGAAGACCUUAAGGAAUGACUGUUUGGGCAUGUAAUGAUUUGAGGAUGCUACAAGUGAAUGAGAAUGGAAGGCCCAAAGGAGAGGAAUCCUAACACCAGAAACAUAACAUUUUUGAUGUACCAGCAAAUUCUUGAUUGAUGGAGGGGCUGUUGAAUAAGUUUUUGCCAUGAUCUUCGGUGGUUUUGUCCUUGCUGGUGCUAGUGAAUCUGAUGCUUUGGGAUUUAAGAGCAAGCAUGAAUGGCAUUUACUAACACAAUAAACUGCUAAUUGUGCCUGAGGCAACACUUUUGAUUGCUAGGAAUUUAAAUUUCCUAGGAAAAUUUUGUAAAUAUUGUUAACUGUUUUUGAUGACAUGGUUUAUUCCCUUUAUUUCAAAUAUGCAAAUGGUGUAAGCCCAUAUGAUUUGAAAUUAUAUAGCCGUGCCUGUUCACUUGUCAGGUAUAUCAGAAA